AUGGACACGCAACCGUCCAUGCGCCAGGCCCCAGCUAUUCCUUGUGGACAGCGUCAUUCUGGUGCGCAAGGCAGCAGGAGCGUGGCAGGCGCCCCCGCCGUAGACGCCGGCGGCCCCUCCGAUCCGCAACCGUCAGUUGAGAUGGUGCAGCUCCGCCAGCUCGUUGACUCCAUCCAGGCCGACAUGCAGCGCGCGCUGGCAACAGUGCAGUCCAGCGUCACGAAUCGUAUCUCCAACCUCUUGACCAGCAUCAACUCCUCCUUCGGCGUGCUCAACCGCCAGAUGGAGACGCGCUUGGUGGGUGUGGAGCAGAUCGCCUCCGAGCAUACCGACCGCAUCGCCGCCCUGGACAAGCAGAUGGCAGGCUUCGGUCGCGAGCUGUUAGAUGCCAACAUCAAGCGCGACGAAUGGAAAUUCGACGAAGAGCAGCCCUCGUCUCUCCGCUACCAGAUUCGCUUCAACGGCACCAAGGCGUACGCCGAGCGCAAGGUCAGCCAGGCCAUCGGCAACCCUAAG